GUCAAAGCGAGGUUGGUUUUGCUCUUUGAACGUUACAGAAUUACUCUGCUCCUAGUUACCUCUCACAGUACCAGCACAAUUAAUUAAUCAUGAUCAACACAUGGAUCCCAUGUUGUAGUUCUGACCUUUGACCUAAUUGUGAUUGAAAACUUCUGCCAUCAGUGACCUCCACAUGUGCAUCAUCUUCUUCAAGUUUGACCCUCGGCCUGCAUCCAAAAAUGCCUACAGGCUGGAAAUGCAGACUCUUCAUCCUUUUGUUAAGCAGUUAGUGCAAGUUUUGCCUUUGUUGCAAAUGAGGCUUAUUCUGGCUGCUAACAGAGAUGAGCUGUACAACAGGCCAUCCAAGGCUGCAGACUUCUGGGGCAGCAACAGUGAGAUCCUCAGUGGUGUGGACAUGGAAGAAGGGAAGGAAGGCGGGUCAUGGCUGGGAAUUAGCAAACGAGGAAAACUGGCGGCACUGACCAAUUACUUGGAGGGAUGGCCAAAUCCAGAUGCACAGGGAAGAGGUUCCUUGGUGACCAACUAUUUGGCGGAUAACUUGGACAGUUUUGCUUACCUCCGUAAAGUGUCUUCAGAGGGUCAUUUAUAUAAUGGCUUCAAUCUCCUGACAGCUGACUUCAGGGCCAAUGAAGACACAUUGUGUUACUAUGGAAACAAAGGCAGUUCAGAACCCAUUCAUCUUAAAGCAGCAGGAAUUUAUGGGUUAAGUAACUCUCUUCUGGAAACUCCUUGGAAAAAACUGCAGCACGGCAAGCAACUGUUCACCAGUGUAGUGAGCAGAAUGCUGCCCCCUGAUGGCUUAGUUCAAGAACUGAUGCAUAUCCUCAAAAAUUGUGAGCUAAACACCCCGGACCCUGCACAGGAGAGUCAAGGUGUGGGCUACAGUAAGGCCAUGCUCCGAGCCCUGUCUGCAGUGUGUGUGCGCUCACCAGGAUACGGAACAAGGACCAAUACGAUAAUCCUCAUCGACCAAGAGGGAAAUGUGAACUUUACAGAGCAUAACAUGCUAAACUGUGACAUCAACCAGUGGAGCACAAAUAGCUUCCAUUUUAAACUGCAGGAAUGAUGACCUGGCCAAGGAAGGAAAAGCCUCACGCUGUGCCUUUCUCAAGCAACCCUCUGCUCAAGCCAUGCAGCACCACUGUUUCUAUCAGUACGAAGAUUAAGACUUUACUUGGACUGUCCUGUUGAAAUGGGAAAAGUGUUAACUAUUUUUACUAUGGCACAGUUCUGAAAGGAAGCUUGAUUGCACUUUCUUGUUUCUCGAUUUUUCUUUUUAGUUUUCCUCAUAAAAGGUGUGAUUUUGAGGGGAUGUGAUUCUCUUUUCAUCUGUUAAUUAUUAUAGAAGCCAGAUAAGUAUGAAGAAUGUGAAACAAUGUUAUUUAUCAUCCACUGAAUCCUGUUUUAUCAUAACACAACUUCCACUUAUCAACUGUCUGUUGGACAGAAUAGUUGGGGGAGCAAAAUGUUUACUGCCAAAGAAUCACUGUCACACACACACAAAAAGAAAAUUCAAAUAGUAAAAAAUAAAUUGGCUUCAUUAUGUUGCACAAUGGUGCAGUAGUAAUCCACUGAAUAGCACAACUUUCGCUUUGAAAAGCUACUGCCAAAAAUGAAGGAACAGUGUUUUCAGUCAUUUUUUUUAAAACAUCUUAUUGUGAAAAGUCAUUUUUCAUAUUAGAUCAAACCAUUUUGAUUUAACUUUGAAACUGUUUCAAAGUUUGAAGUCUGUAUGGUUUGAUAUCUCCAUUGCUGCGCUCACUCUAAAGAAAGUUAUAAGAUGACAAAUGUAUUUUAUGCCAGUUUUCAGGAAACUGAUAUUUAUGUGCCAUUUGGUGUCAUCUCUUUGGUUGAUAACAAAGUGCCUGCAAUUUGAUAUUCAGCGUGUAAAAAAAAAAAAAAAGUC